UGAUGGUUAAAAAUAUCGUACUUUUAACCCUAGAUAAGAUAUUUUUAAUUGAAUCUUAAUGUGCGCGCGCGCGCGCGCUCGAUCAACACAAGUACUAAAAACCGUAUUACAUUAUUUUCGUUUAUCAUCAUUGCCGUUAUUAUUAUUACCAUUAUUUUAUUACUAUUAUUAUCAUUACGUAGAUCGAAAUCGCACAUAAAGAGCAGCAGCGAGCCGUGCUCGUGGUGCACGUGCUGCGAGCUGGUGUCGUAACCGCGGAGCGCGCGCGGGUCAAAAGUCGAUUACCGUGAAAACAUCAUCGUGACCGCGACGACGACGACGACGUUAUCACACCCGUCAUCUGACCGCCGCUGCCGCCGCCGCGAUCCGGUCUUACGCGCAUUAUUAUUAUAAUAAUAAUAAUAAUCGUUUACAUUAUGUACAUAUCGGUAGAUUGAAAUUAUGUCGCGUGACAACUACUGCAGCUGCGUCGGCCGCCAAUUAUCACUCGCGUCCUCGUCGUCGUCGUCGUCGUCGUCGUAGUUCGCCCGUUGCCGCCACCGCCGUCGCUCGAGCUGUUCACAGCGCCGACUCAACCCGAGGUCCGUGCUGCUGCUGCUGCUGCUCCUCCGUUUGCCGCCGCAAUCGAAUAUCUGUCCGCUGCCGUCAGCUGUUUCUCGGGUUCGCCGUGCGUCCAUACGACAUUUUGUUUUUUCUCUUUGUUCCUUUUCCCCGUUUACGGUGAUAAAUUUUCGUCGCGAAAACGGAGGUCCUAAACGCGAAACAGGACGAUGGCGGGACGACGACGACGUCGACGGAUGCAGCGCAACAGACCGCGUGCGGACCACCACCACCACCACCACCACCUUCUCCGUCGGCACAACAGCACGCAAACGGCGACGGCGCCGUGCGCACGGCUGAAAAUCUACGAAUCCCGUUGACGGCAGCAGAAAUUGAAAUGGAAAACUUGAUAUCAAAUGCUAAUACAGUUUUUGGUUUGGAUCAUGUGACAAAUAUUAUGAAAUUUCAUAAUUCAUACCUUGAAACAUUUUUGAGCUUGCAAGAAUUCAUAAUUUAUGGGGAAGGACCAUUGCCAAUUCAUUAUCGGCAUUAUAUCGCAAUAAUGGCUGCUGGGCGUCAUAAGUGUACCUAUCUGAUAAAUUUUCAUAAAAAACAAUUUUUAGAACAUGAUGGAGAUCCUAAUUGGUUAGAUGGUCUGUCACAUAUACCGCGUAAACUACGUAAUUUAUAUGAAAUCAAUAAGAUUUUAGCACAUCGACCUUGGCUAGUAACAAAAGAAGAUAUCAAAAAAGUUGUCAAAGGUCCAAACUCUUGGUCCAUGUCAGAUUUGGGACAUGCCAUCAUACUACUUGUUCAUUUUCACAGUUUGUGUAGCUUUGUGUAUGCUUGCAACUUAAAUGAUGAAAUUCCAAGAGCUGUUAAAGUAACUGGUGUUUACUUUAGACGUAGGAGUAAAACAAGCUUCAGAGGUUAUGACGACAAUGCUAUAUCUGAUGACGAAGGUCUUGAACCUAUAAUGGAACGAAUGAAAAAGUUAAGUGAUGUAGUACCAGCUUCAGAACAAGAACGUAUUCAACGGUAUGAGCUGGUUCAGAGUCAAUUAUGUGAUAGUGAUACUUCUUCUGAUAAUGGUUUGGAUCCAGAUGUUAAACCGUUUGUUGAAGAUUCUGGAUAUUUUUACUUGGAUUGCUCACGUCGACAAUUUGCUCAACAGUCAUCUUUUAUUUUGCAGGAAUUUUCGUGGGAUCAUCAUGGCUUCUUUUUGAUUAACCGUUUAUUUAAUGACAUUGGAUCAUUAUUGGAUAAAAAAUUCAAGACUGCUUAUAACAUGACAUACUAUACAAUGGGUGGCCGCCCUCAUAUAGACACUACAAGAUUUCGUAGAGCAAUUUGGAACUACAUUUAUUGUAUUUAUGGGAUAAGAAAUGAUGAUUAUGAUUAUGAAGAAGUUACUCAAUUACUUCAAAGCCAAUUAAGAGUAUUUGUUAAAACAGCUACCUGUUAUCCAGAACGUUUGAACAAAACACAUACAGAGAAUACAUUAAAACAUUUUGAAUUAAGUGAAAAGAUUCACAUAAAUUUAAUGAUUAUGGAAGCUCGAAUGCAAUCAGAACUUCUAUUUGCUUUGCGUGCAGUCAUGAACUACAUGUUAUGAUAUAAAUGGUAGAAUUUACUGCACAACAUACGUUACAAAUUUUUAUUGUUAUAAUUUUUCAACGAGUAUACAAUAUUGGGUAUACGAUUUACAUUAUUAAGGAAACCAUAAUGUUUUCAUAUUUUCUUUGCUUAACUUUUAUAUUAGCCAUACAAGAACUAUUUAUUUAAACCUACAACAUUUAAG